AUCUCAUUGAAUUAUGGAAGAAGAAAAGAGCUUUAUUACAUGUAAAGAAAAUGAGUUUGAAAAUAUAUCAAUCAAACAUUUUCAAACACUUCAUUCUAAAAUAGUGAAGGACAAAGAAGCGAGGGAUAAAAAGUAUGGCUGAACAGAGGAAGAGUACACUAUCAAAGGAUUAAUAGGCAAAGGAGGUUUCGGUAGUGCGUAUAAGGUAAAGGCCAAGAACUCCAAGAUUUAUGUCCUUAAGAAAAUUCCUAUCUGUAAUAUUAACUCGAAGAAACAACGGAUAGACACUCUGAAUGAGGUAAAGUUGUUGCAGAAUAUUAAGCACCAACAUAUUAUAAAUAUUUAUCACUCUUUUAUUGACACUUCUUACUUCUAUAUCCUCAUGGAAUAUGCCUCAGGAGGUGACCUUUAUCAGUUGGUGAAGAAGAGAAUGGAAAAGAGAGAACCCUUUUCUCAGAACCAGUUAUGGAAAUGGGCCUAUGAAAUACUCCUAGCCAUGAGAUAUUUGCAUGAUAAUUGCAUCAUACACUGAGAUCUUAAGGCUUCUAAUAUUUUCAUCAGCAAGAAGAAUAGGAUCAAGAUAGGCGAUUUUGGGUCAUCAAGAGUACUAAAUCCUGCGAAAAUGUACCUGAAAGAGGAUCUUGGCACUACUGUGUAUUGCAGUCCAGAACAAGUCAAUUAUGUCGGUUUAUAUGACUAUAAGAUUGACGUUUGGGCCUUUGGGUGCUGAAUGUACUAUCUAACAGUCUUUAAACCUCCAUUUUCUGGAACAACAUUUUCAGACCUUUCUUACAAUAUUAACAACACUGAGCCUGGCAAGCUCCCCGAUAGCUUAUCAGUUGACUACAUCAACAUGAUUUCCAAAUGCCUUACCAAAUCUCCCAAAGAAAGGCCAACUGCAAUGGAGCUUUGCCUAAGCAUCCCUUCAACUACUAUCAGCAAUUACGCUCCUCCAAAAGUGCCUACACUCUCAUCGCUCACGUUCAUGAACCCUACUAAAUCAACUAUUGAGAGGGAAAAAUCAACAUCUAAAUCUGAACUCAAAGAUAUUUACAGAAGGAGACAGAGGUUCAACAAGAUUGACAACUUAGAACCCAUUAGGCCAACUAGGUCUAAAUAUAAGACUCCAAAAAGAUCCAAUGGUCAAAAUGUCAGCACCUCAUAUUCUCAAAUCUGCAAUGAAGCCUCUAUUACUCAGUAUAAGAGUAAUACAAAGCCAUCAGAAUAUUCUAAGAAAAAAAUCUUGUCUAGAUUGGGAGAGAUGCGGAUGCGAGAGAAGCCAUUUGAAAACGCUACUAUCCAUUCUCACAAGAAUAAUUUAUACUUGAAUGAAUUCUCUAAUAUCUCUGAUCUCAGAAAGGAAAAAUUAACAUCAAACAGCAAAGCUUUAUUCAACUGUCUGAUUAAAAACUAUUCUAAAAGUGAGUUGAACAGAAGCAAAGAGGGGCAUGCUAAGCACAAACCGCGUAUGAAAAAUUUGGCACAUAGGAGAAAAACUGUGGCUGGCUUCCACAAGCAACACUAACAUUCAUAUAAGCACU